AGUUUCUGCCGUACGCGACGCGCGCACAGCGUCCAACGCGAGCCACGAAACGGCCGUCGCCGAGCGCUUGCCGUCGCCCUGCCUGCCACCUUUCGCAAUUAUUCGAACAGUAUCUGUGCAAGUCGUAUGUACCAAAGUAUAUCGCCCACCAGCUUAGCGACGCCUUCCUUCGCGGAGUGUGUUUCGCUUCUCUUAUCGACUUACCUGCCGGAAGAGGGACAAAGAAACACGUGCCACAUGAGAGAACCGUGCGAGUCUCACUUAAAGACGUCGCCUCGUGACUCGUGGGAAGCCUGAAGCACCGCCGCCCUGCGAUGGAACUCUCAAGGCUACCAGACGUCGCUAUCGAGAUGAAGCCGCAGAUAGUGCCAGCCUCAGUCAACGACGGCCCGUAUGGCGUGGACGCGCCGGUCGCUCCGACGACCAUCGCCUGGAGAAAUCUCACGUACAAAGUUCCAGAUGGGAAAGGUACAAAGCAACUACUCCGCAACGUCAGCGGAAGCCUACACCCCGGAGAGAUGACAGCCGUCAUUGGUCCGUCUGGUGCCGGAAAAACAACGCUGCUCAACGUCCUUGCCGGAUUCCAAACCAGAAGUUUCCAGGCAGACCUCUUCGUCAACGGGCAGCCGUUCAAAGAGAGAAGCUUCCGGAAGCUCAGCAGCUACGUCACCAGUGGCGAGGACCUCCUGCAACACCUGACCGUGCGCGAAACGGUGGACGCCGCGGCCAAGCUCAAACUGCCCCCUCACGUCACCUACAAAGAGAGGAGUACUUUGGUGACGCGAAUCCUCAAGCUGUGGGGUCUGGACACCUGCGAGAACCGGCAGGUCAGGAACCUUUCCACUGGUCAGCGGAAGAGGGUCAUGCUCGCUCAAGAACUCGUGCACAGUCCACCGGUGCUGUUCCUUGACGAACCCACCAGUGGUCUGGACAGUUCCAACGCCCUGCAGUGCAUCCUGACGCUGAAGAAGUUCGCCCUCAAGGGUCACACGGUCACAUGCAGUAUACACCAGCCGAGCUCCAGAAUAUUCCAGCUCUUCGACAGAUUAUACGUCCUGGCGGACGGCUAUUGCUUAUACCACGGCACCGUUCGGGACCUCCUUCCUACCCUGACCGCCAAUGGUCUACAGUGCCCGGCAUUCUACAACCCUGCCGACUUUGUCAUUGAAGUCGCCUCGGGCGAAUACGGUGACGUCAAAGGCGAUCUCGUGCGAUACGCUGAACGGCACAGCCAAGUUUCCCCCACCAGCAAUGGCCUCAAGUCAAUCGCCAAUGAAGGAGGAGAUCUCAACGAACCCCAUGCCGUCACAGCCCCUUUGCUAACGCAGGAGGACUAUCAAGUAGUGACCCCUGCUCCGUGUUGUCUGCAGAUGAACGUUCUCCUCAAGCGCUGCUAUUUGUCGCUCAUCAGAAAUCCGAUGGUGUUCCACUUAAGGUUGACCACAAACCUGCUGGUCGGUGUGUGUAUGGGCCUUCUCUACUACGACAUCGGGGGCCGUGCAGACAGCUUCUUCAACAACGCCACCCUGGUCUUCUUCUGCGCAAUCUUCCUCACCUUUACCGGCAUGAUGCCAGUAGUCCUGAACUAUCCUCUGGAAGCCGCCGUGUUCACGCGGGAACGGAACAACUCGUGGUACACGCUAAAGGCCUACUACCUCUCCAAGACCAUCGUCGAAUUACCUUUCCAGGUCGCCUACCCAACAGUAUUCGUGGCCAUCGUAUACUGGAUGACGUCACAGCCUGCGGAGAUGAGCCGCUUCGUCAUGUUUUCUUUCCUGUCCAUCCUUCUCACCUUAGUCGCCCAUUCCCUGGGCAUGUUCAUCGGUGCCUUCGCAAGCAUGCAGGUGGCGAUAUUUCUGGCACCAGCCGUGGCCAUUCCUAUGCUCCUAUUCAGCGGUUUCGUGGUGACGCUGAAGGCGAUGCCACACUACCUCCACUGGAUAUCCUACGUGUCAUUCGUUCGCUACGCGUACGAAGGGUGCGUCCUCAGCGUGUACGGAUACGACAGGCCUGAACUUGAGUGCGGCGAAGAGAAGGACGGCUCAGUUCCUUGCCUCUUCACGGAACCAUCCGAGUUCGUGAACUUCUUGGGUCUGAACGAAGUUAGUGUGGAAGUGUGUGCCGGUGCGCUUAUCGGGUUUGUGGUGAUCUUCAACGUGGCAACAUACGUCGCACUCAGGAUGAGGGUGAAGAGGACGUUUUUAAAUCGAUAAAAACUUUCAAAAUUUUACCAGAAGAAAUAAGGUGCAAAUGAGACAAACAUGAGGUGUCACGUAGACAAACGCCUAACGAGCGAAAGUUCAACUUCAAGAACUUUUGAAAUGCAUCGGGCGUGAGUGACGUCAAGCAGUACCUCACUGGUCGACUUCGUCAUGCAGCCGAUGUAGGUCCCUAUUGUGGACCUGCAAACACAACAGCAGCCCUUCGUCGAAGAACUUUGCGUUGACCAAAGUGGCGGCGAAAAGCUUGGACAUCAGCUUCCAGCUCCGGAGAUACGAGGUUCACUUCCCAGUGCCGUCCAGCUACCCAACCGUUUCCAAUGGGUACGAGCGGGCUUCAGGGCAGUGCUGUAGUGCCCCGGUGACACGAAGCUCAUGUUUCUUGGAUGUGUCUCAACUUACUGCACGCGACUAGUGGCCCUUGCACGAACCCAAUAUGAGUAUGGGAGAUUUGCUUGUGUGUGUGCCUGCGUGA